AUGGAUGUUAUCAAUUUAUAUGAAAUAAUUUUAAAAAAUUAUCUUGAUCUAAUUGAUACUAAUCAAUUUAUUGAUAUUAUUGCUCAUCGUUAUGCAAAUAAAAAUAAUAUUGUAUUUAGUUCAUUCUUUGAAUCAUUAGCUCAAGAGGAUACAUUAGAUGCAGUUCGUAAAAUAUCAUUUAAAGCUCGUCAACAGAAAUAUUAUCGUAUACUUGAUCAAAUAAGUUCAUCAAAAAGAAUUAAUUCUUUUCUUAAAAAUGAACUAUCAAUAUCAUCAAAUAAUAUUCUACGAAUCGUUGCUAAUUUUUGUGGAUUAAUAUUAAUUAUGGUUUUAAGAAUUUUAAAUGGUUUAAAUAUGAAAUUAUUAGAUAUAGAAUUAAGAAAAUAUCAAAAUACUCUUUUUAUUCCAUUUAUAACAUUUAUUGAUAAACAUAUUGUAUACAAUCAAUCUUCACAAAAUAAUAUUUUAAUUAAAGAAAUAUUAGAAUUUCUUAAUAGAACAAGUGAUCAAACAUUAACAAUUCCGAUAUUUAUUAAUGCUAAUUGUUCACAAGCAUGUUUACGUUGGUUAUCAUUUUCAUAUUUGAAUGCUUAUGAAUAUGCGAAUAUUCUACGUAUUAUAUAUAAUAUUGCACGUCAUGAUGAAGGAGUAGUUAUACUCAAUAAAUGUCAAUGUCAUAAGAUUUUAAUACAAUUCAACACAGAAAUAUUGACUAGAAAAAUCGAUUUUAUUAUUGAUAAAAAAUGGUAUGAAGAUCUUCAGCUAAUCUAUUUUAUGAUAUUAAUUUUAAUUGUUGAUUCAAAUGAACUUAUCACUGAAAGUACUAAUUGGUUUAUAGCAUAUCGCUUAUCACCAGCAAUUUUUGAUGGUAUACUUUCACGUACAUAUCGACAUCAAAAAUUUCAUAUAUCAGAAUUGAUGAUUAUUCUAAUGAGACUAUGUACAAAUGAUAAUUUUAUUCAUUGUAUUUCUCAUAAACAGUAUUUUACAUUUCCACACGAUGUGCUUAAUGUAUUAAACUUUUUAUUACAUUGUGUUGCAAUCGAAAGAUUUGAUUUUAGUGUUCUUUCUUUGGAUGUUUUGACAGUAAUGGCUCUAGCAAAUAUUUUAUGGAGUAUGUCAUUUCAUGAUCGAUAUAAAAAUACUUUAAUUGAAAAUAUUCAAAUUAUAAAUAGACUCAUAGAAUUUGAAACAAGUGAUAUAAUUGAGAAAAUAUUACCUAAUAUAUAUAUACCUCGUCAUAUGUCAUCAUUAAAAAGAUCGAUUGAUGGUAUUUGGCAAAAUUUACAUCCUUCAUUACCUGCAAAUCAAGAAAUUAAUUCUUUAACAAAAAUAAAAUCUAUUUGCUCACUAAUGAUUAGUUACUCUCAUAUUGAUAUUGAUUUUUGUCGACAAUUAUAUAAUGUAUUGAGUAUAUUUCCGGAAUUAUCAAUAUCUGUUGAUUUCAACAAUUCGAAAUAUUUAUGGAAAGAAAUAUCACAAACUAUUGAACAAACCGAUCUUGUUCUUUUUAUUAUAUCAAAUAAUUUUUUUAAUAGUAAAUCAUGUCGUCAAGAAUUAAUCUAUGUUACAAGUACAUUAAAAAAGCCAUUUAUUUCAGUCUUUAUCAAUGGUAAUUAUCAAGUAACUGGAUGGCUUAAGAGUCAAAUAAGCGAAUCAAAAUAUAUUCAUUUUGAAGAAAAAGAUUUCUUAGAUACUUGUAAUGAAUUAUUAUCAUUGAUCAAACAAAGUCUUUCCAUAAAUAUGAGUUUAGUAAAAAAUACAUCUGACAUUAAACAAUGGAAUGAAAAAGAAGUUAAACAAUGGUUUAAUAAUAAUAAUCUUAUGUCUGAAUUGCAUGAUUUUUAUCAAUUUCAGAAUGGUAAUGAACUAUUAUUGUAUACACAAGCAAUAUUGACAUUUUCAUGGACAAAAGAAUAUGAUAGAAUAAAAAUAAGAUUUGAAGAAAAAUUCAAACAACAACAACAACAACAACAAUAUCUUUCUCCACAUGAAUUUUUAAAAUUUAUCAAUGCAUUAAAACAUUUGAAGAACAAAAAUCUUAGCUCAAUUUAA